AUUUUGUAACAGACGUUUUCUCUUUAAAUAUGGACCUCCCAUCUUUGAAAACACAGCCACAAGCUGUUGAGAAAGUGCAAAUGAAGGAGAGUGGUGAUUACAGUUCAUAUGAUAUGAUGACAAAUGGGUUUAUGUCAGUUAGAUCACAGUUGUGUGUACAACACCCAAUAGAGUAUUCAGAAAAAAAUUUUGUAGAAAACCGUGAAAAAAUGAAGCUUAGUUUCUUACGUUCUUCACAAGGUUUGCAUGCUCCACUAAGAAUUCUACAUGAAAAAAAUGCUGUAAGAAAGGUGCAGCGAUUGCCAUUCCUGCCAAGUUCGAAUAUUGCCUUGGAAACAUUGGAGGGAAGGGAUGAAUUCAUUGAUUUUGGUGACAAUAUAUUUAAUGAUCCAGAAGAAGGAGUAGAAUCCAUUGCAUCUCCAUUCAUGGUUAUGGAAAAGUGUUUAUUUUCCUCAAAUAAAUGUUGAAAUGUAUUUUUAACAAAAUAAAACUCUUUUUUUUUUCUCCUCAA